UGUAUUUCUGAAAUUUCAGAGGUGGAUAAACUGUGUUUACUUGCGUUUAGCCUCCACUACAUCCCUGGCUACGAGCUAAAAUAUAGCACAUGCAUUGACACAGCAAACUAACUGCUGAAAGAGAGUAUAAAGCUUGCCUUUACUUUGGGCAGUGAGGGAUUAUAUGGGUUUUUCACAACAGGUGGUGAAUGUUUGGGGGUUAUGCUUUGUGUCUAUGCUGCUGGUAGUGAGUGUUUGGGGUGUUUGGGGUUAUGCUUUGUGUCCAGGCUGCUGGUAGUGAGUGUUUGGGGGCUGUGCGUUGUGUCCAGGAAACUGGUAGUGAGUGUUUGGGGGCUAUGCGUGGUGUUUUGUGCUUUGUGCUUUGUGUCCAGGCUGCAGUGCCAGUAGAGAUCAUGUACAAAAGCACAAUACUUGACAGCCAGAAACAUUUAAUUCCAAUCUUAGAGGGACUGGUUCAGUAUCUGAUUCCAAUCUUAGAGGGAUUGGUUCAGUAUCUGAUUCUGUCUCCAUUUCUGGAUCGAUCAUGCACGACUCCAUAGGGGUAUUGCUACAGUAGGCUGAACUGGCCUUGGACCAUAACAACAAAGUAUUCAUGUGGACAUAAGCAGAUCUUGCAGCCAUGCAGCCAUGAGGGGGCGCUCUGCUAAAACCAUAGACUAAAACCUACUGUUUAUUCUCCAGGCUAAUGAUAGGGUUGUAACUGGGAUUGUGAAAUAACAUCUGAGCAUUUCCUGGACUGAUCUAAUGGCCUCCUUACACCAAACAACAAGAUUUGGGAAAGAUUCUUGAAAGAUUUUAGUCUUUUAACUAAUGCCCCCUAUUCAAGCUUUAUUCAAAAGACUACAAUCUGAAUCUUUCCCAAAUCUUGUCAAAGUUGUUUGGUGUAAGGAGGCCAUUAGUUGCAAACCUCCUGAGUUAACACCACAGAACCAGGUCAAAUGCCCCAUUCACUCAUUCUAUCACCCCAAUGCCCCGUUUACUCAUUCUAUCACCCCUUUGACUUUUUAUUUGCGUCCUUUUUGCUUUGUAUUUUGCUUAUGUGUUUUUGCCCAUGAUUGCUCACUUGUGGUUUCUAAUGUCUCUCUCUCUCUCUCUCUCUCUCUCUGUGUGUGUGUGGAGGUUGUGUGUGGAGGGUUUGUGUGGGCGGCGUACUUCUCUCUCCUCACCUCCUUCUCUCCUACAUACGGCUGGUUCAUCUUCCUCAGGUCCCUUGUAGGCUGUGGAGUAGCGGCAACAUCGCAAGGGUUUGUGCUGAAAACAGAGUUCAUUCCCUCCAAAUACAGAAGCUCACUCUUGCCUUUAGCCAGUGUAUUCUGGAUGAUGGGAUCUAUGUUAAUUAUAGUACUAGGCAUGACGGUGGUUCCAACUCUGGGCUGGAGAUGGAUGAUACGGAUAUCUAUUGUUCCCAGUGUUGUACUAAUACUGCUGUUCAAGUUCAUUCCAGAGUCAGCCCGCUUCCAGGUGUCUGUUGGGAAUGUUGCUGGUGCCAUGGAAACGCUGCAAUGGAUCGCUCGGCUCAACGGCGCAAAACUCCCCCCAGGAGUGCUGAGGGAGCCUGUGGUGAAAGAAAGGGGACACGGCUCUGUCCUGGUCAGCAGCACCUUCAGACGCACAUCUGUACUGCUGUGGUACACAUGGUUUGUGGCCUCCUUCUCGUACUACGGCUCGGUGUUGGGCAGCUCAGAGCUGCUGGAGAAGAACUUGCUAUGUGUGACAGAUGCAGACCCGCACACGCACAUCAGACAUGACCAGCAGGGGGCGCCCUGCUACUGCGUCCCCCUCACCAACGACGACUACAUCACACUGCUCUUCAGCAGCCUGGGAGAGGUGGUGUUGAUCCCCCUGAACAUCGGCUUGCUGAGUGUCACUGGUAGGAAGCACAGCAUGGCUCUGGUGCAGCUGCUCUCUGCUGCCUUCUUCAUGCUGUUGAAUGUCUGCUCAACUAUGUUUGGGUUCACAGUGCUGCUGUUCUUGCUGCGGGCAGUGGUGGCCAUGAAUUUUAAUGUGGUGUAUAUCUACACUGCAGAGGUUUACCCCACAGCGGUGCGUUCCAUAGGAAUGGGAGUUUGCACAUCCUGCAGCCGCAUUGGAGGCAUGCUAGCACCUUUCAUUGCACAGGUGCUGAUGUCCCAGUCAGUGUUGCUGGCUAUGCUGCCCUUUGCUCUGGCCUGCUUGCUCUCCGCUGUGGGGACACUCCUGCUUCCCAUUGAAACUAGAGGACGAGCCCUACUGGUAACCCUAACCCUAACCCUACUGCAAAAUUCCUGACACGAGGGAAAAUGGAUAGCUUUUUCUUGAAUUUUUAUAGAUAUUGCUUACACUGGAGAAUGUUUAUGAACUUGUACAAAAUAAAAUCAUACAGAUACAAA